AUGAGUGUUGAUCCAACUCCAUUGAAUGGAACUACAUACUUAGCAUCCAAACCUAGAUAUGAGAUAUUAGAUGGCCUCAGAGGAGUUGCAGCUAUUCUUGUGGUUUUAUUCCACACACUAGAGACUUAUAAUACAAGUCCAGUAGAUCAGAUCAUCAAUCAUGGAUAUCUGGCAGUUGAUUUCUUCUAUAUAUUAUCAGGGUUCGUUAUUGGCUAUGCAUAUGACGACCGCUGGGAUAGGAUGACAAUUUGGGGAUUCUUCAAGAGAAGAUUAGUUAGACUUCAUCCCAUGGUUAUUAUGGGAACAUGCAUUGGAUUUUGCCUCAUUUUCUUCGGCAAUGAUGGUUUCCCAAUGAUAGGAACAACCCCUGCAUGGAAAUUUUGGUUGGCGUUUUUGAUGUGUUUAUUUAUGAUUCCGUGCCCAGUUUCAUUGGAUUUGCGCGGCUGGGGAGAAACAAAUCCGUUUGAUGGCCCAUGCUGGUCAUUGACCUAUGAGUACUUAGCAAAUAUUAUCUAUGCUUUCUUCUUUAGAUUCCUUCCGAAAUGGGCUUUGAUGGCAUUAUUAGUUCCAUCUGCUUUCUUUAUUUUAGAUAUUACUUUGAAUUUGAACGUUUUCAAAGCACUCACUGAUGACAGGAAUGAAGCAAAGUACACAGUCAUUGGUGGCUGGAUGAUAACAGGAGAGCAGAUCUAUAUUGCAAUGGCAAGAUUGCUCUAUCCAUUCAUUUGCGGAUUAGUGCUUUAUAGAACUGGAUUGAAAUUGAAAGUUAAGCAUGGUUUUGUUGUGUGCAGUUUGAUGUUAACUGUCUUAUUCUGCAUACCAUAUCUUGGUAAAACAAAUAAUAUUGCUGAUGGCGUCUAUAGUGCAAUAACUAUCUUGAUCUUCUUCCCAAUAAUUAUUAUGUUAGGUGUUGGAAGUUCUCAAAAUAAUCAUGAAGGAAUGAUAAGCAAAAUCUGCACUUUCUUGGGAGAUUUCUCUUAUCCAUUAUAUAUCACUCAUUAUCCUGUAAUGUAUAUGCAGAUGGGAUGGGUUUGGACUCAUAGAAAAGCACCAUUGAAUAAUCAUCUCGCACUUAAUUUAGGAGUUCUAGUAUAUUGCUUUGCUAAUGCAUAUUUCACAUGGAAGAUAUAUGAUAUUCCUGUAAGGAAUUGGUUAACAAGACGUUUCUUAAUGCAAAAGAAAAAUUAA